AUGGGGAAAGACAUCGACAACGGCGAACUGCAAACAUUAGAGGAGAGGACUGGAAUCCCAGAAUGCAGUAGAAAAACAAAGGCUGCUCCAGCAUUCGAGGAGGUCCUGGAAGCCAUUGGCUCCAGGGGGAAGUUCCAGACGAGGCUAAACAUCGUCUUCGUUUGCUUUGCCCCAUGCUUCGACCUGAUGAGUGUCAACGUGUUCUACCUGGCUAUGCAGACUCCAGAUCACUGGUGCUACGUUCCUGGCAGGGAAUUUUCCAACCUUUCGAUUGAGGAGUGGAAGAACCUCACCAUACCGAGGGAAGGAGCCUCGUUCAGCAAGUGCCUGAUGUACGACCAGAGCGAUGUGACGGACUCCGGCGGCAGCAGGGAACCUGUGAAGUGCCAGCACGGCUGGGAGUACGACGAUACGUGGUUCUCCCUGACGGUGACGUCACAGAUGAACUGGGUCUGCGACAACCAGCAGUCGGUCAAUGACGUCUUGUUCUACUCACAGAUUAUUGGAGUGGCGCUGGGGUUACUGUUUGGCUACAUGGGCGACAUCUGGACUGCCCAGUACCGCGACACACGGGUUGAGCUGACUCUUGCUGACGCCAGGUACGGCCGCCGCCCCCAGCAGCUGCUGUGCCUGUCAGCCCACGUGGUCAGCAGAGUGCUGGUCGUGCUGUCUCCACACGUGCUGCCGCUCUUCAUCCUGGCGGCAUCCCUCGUGUCAGCCGCAGCUGCGCCCAUGGUGGAAUCGGUCUUGUCUGUUGGUUUGGAGCUGACUGAUGUCAAGCACCGCACUGCGAUCAACCGCUACGAGUGCUUUAGUGAAGCCGUUGGAAUGAUGCUUGCAGGUUUCGUGGCAUGGGCAGUGCCCAAUUGGAACUACUCCGUCUCGAUUGCUACCCUCUGUUGUUUUGCGUUAUUCUUCUUCUUCAGGUGGUUCCCCGAGUCUCCACGCUGGCUGGCGUGCAGGGGUCGCGAGCAGGAGGCGCUGGCCGUUGUGCGUCGCAUAGCAGCCACCAACGGCUCCACGGUGCCCCCGUUCGCCCUGCAGGUGAUCCAGACCGUGGGCAAGAGCAAGACAGACAGGAGGGGCUUCCUCAGCAUCUUCUCCAGCUGGAACGUCUUCAGGAACACAGUAAUCCUCAUCACUGCCAGGUCGGUGUACCUGCUGACUAUGUUCUCACCAGUGAUAGCGGUGAGCCAACUGAGCGCGAACCCUUUCCUGGGGAUAGUGGCUCAAGGGGCGGCCGUUUUCGCUGCCUUCUACGUGGUGAACUACUUUGGAGCGAGGUUCGGCCGCCGUUGGCCCAGUGCAGCCAGUGCACUCUUGGCCGCACUGGCCUGUGUCCUCAUCUUCUGCCUGUUCACUGCACACGUCGAGGGCGCACCCGUCGUGGUGGGGACCUUGCUGAUGCAGUUCAGCACCACUGCCAACAUGAGCAUGACCAACCUGCAGAGCAUCGAGCUGCACCCCACGUGCCUGCGUCAGAUCGCAACCAGUGUCGAAUGGGCUGUCGCCGGGGUUGCCAUGUCUGCUCUGCCCUAUUUGGCGUUGAUGGAAAUUGAAAAUGACGGCCAAGGAAUUAAUGCCAGUGAAUCAAGUACUGGAACGGAGGUAGAAAGCGCGGCUGCAGCUGGUGAGGAAGCACCAGAGACACAGGAUUUGAGAACAGUCAACAACGAGACACCGGCACCAGCUGAUGGUUGUGACGAGACGCUGACAACUACCUGCUGUGUUGGUAAAGUGAAACGGAUCCGAGAAGCUGCCAAAGAAGGUCUUCAAUUGCAGGCAAAGAAAAUGAAGGGAGCCUCAUGUAACAAAAUUCCAAAACCUUCAAAUGACAAGCGACUUCCCUUCGCCAUCCUCGCAGCUCUCAACUUUGUGGUGGCGUUUUCCGUGUCGUUCCUGCCGGAAUCUGCGCUGCAGCGAUUGCCGGAGACGUUACGGGAUGGUGCCGUCUUUGGCAGAGGACAGCGUUACUGGAGCUGGAAACCCAAACCGACACCAGAGUACGCCAUAGGAUAA